UCAUUCUGGCAGGGCCUGUCUCUUCUAAAGGAGAGGAGGACUUCCUCUCUAUUGCUGCCUCACGCCUCAGGUGUAGGAAGCGUGUUAUUGGCGCAGCAGUAGGUGUGGCCAUGGUGCUAAUACUAUUAGUCGCUAUUCCCCUAUUGGUCCACAGCACAAAACUGGGUGGGUCAGGAGGUGGAGGUACGCAUUAUGAGAUGCUUGGAAGCUGUAAGAUGGUCUGUGACUCUCUAACACCCACCAAUGAACUAACACCUGUUUCCCCGCCUCCUCAUGACAUCCCUGGACGCAGAGGGGGUAAGUUGGGUUUCCGUGGUAACCAAGGUCCAUCAGGGCCUGCAGGCCCACGUGGGCCCCCUGGAGAACCAGGAAAACCAGGUCCUCCUGGACCCCCAGGUCCUGGCCCAGGGGGUUACAUCCCAUCAUUCUACAGCCCCAAAAUAGCCUUCUAUGCUGGUCUGCGCAAGCAACAUGAGGGGAGUGAGAUACUCAAGUUUGAUGAUGUGGUGACAAAUGUAGGGAAUUACUAUGAGCCUACCACAGGCAAGUUUACCUGCCCUCUUCCUGGGAUCUACUUCUUCACCUAUCACGUACUCAUGAGGGGAGGAGAUGGAACUAGCAUGUGGGCCGACCUCAAGAAAAAUGGACAGGUGAGGGCCAGUGCAAUCGCUCAGGACGCAGAUCAGAAUUAUGACUACGCCUCUAACAGUGUGAUCCUGCAUUUAGAUGUGGGGGAUGAGGUAUUCGUGCAGCUGGAUGGUGGGAAAGUGCACGGUGGAAACACCAACAAAUACAGCACGUUCAGUGGCUUUCUCAUCUACCCCGACUAACACAUACACAUGCACACAAAAAUACACAAACACACACGCACAUAUUUACAGAUAAUUACAGAUGCUGCUCAACCUUCAUGAAGUUAGUGAUGUACAGUAAGAUGUAGUCAACACCGUCAACAUUAGACCAUUAUACUAUACCUGUAAAUGGGGAGCAUGGGCAGUGAUAUUAUUAUAAAAUAAUAAUAGUUAAAAUAUUUUACCUUAACAACUUAAAGUAUGUUUUUUUGGUUUCAGUGUUAAAGUCAACAUGAAAUGGCGUUCACAACCCAUUUUACCAGCCUGAUCUCAUGAAAUGUACGUGACAAUGGCAAAAUUUUUGCAAGCCAAAAUUACAUGCUUCAUUACACAUUUAGUUAAAGUUUCCCAGUGAAAUGUCCAGCGGGGGUGCGAAAAGUGAGUGAAAUGAUGUUGUAAUCAGACGAGGAUGUUAAGGUAAAUAUUAGAUGGAUGUGUUAAUGAGUAAAACGUAACUUUUACUGAAACUUAAACUGAAACAUAAUCAAUAGUUUUCAAAAAGAUAAAUAAAAGAGGUGAAUAAAACAGACAUCCUUAACCUAAAUUAAAACCUAUUUUUAAACAAUAGUGUAAAUUCAACCACGUCAUUCCGUGUCGCCGCUGUGAUACUUUUGCUUCACUUUCAUUUCGAGCGUGCUUAGCUGGACUCAAAGCUCGAUCUCCGAGUCUAAAGUCCAACACUCUAUCAGGUAAGCUACCGCGCAAGCUAAUCACAUUGGAAUAAGUGUGUAAAUGUAGGGGUCUGUAAUACAAGCGUUAAAAUGCACCAUUUUUAAAAUGAUGCGUUUGAGUAAAAGUGUUUUUAUAUCGUAAUAUAGCAGUGUGUGAGUGAAAGACCGAAAAAUAAGUGUUUAUAAAGUCAUAAACAGCCAUAGUACCCGUGAUUUGUGUGAAAAUGAAUAAAAUGCAGUUGUUAUAGUGCCUCUAGAGUUAAUUUCACCAGGAAACUGCAGCAAAACGUAGAAAGCAACACAUAAAAUUUGGUUUUCAAAAAUAUAGUUAUAGUAACGUUCAUUCUAUGAGACUAGGUUGUAUUUUACUUGUGUGACGUAUUUCUAAAUUAAAUGUGAUAUUAAAUGAGAUAAAAGAAUGUAGGGUGGUAUUAUACACCGAUGAGCCAAAACAUUAUGACCACUCACAGGUGAGUAACGUUGUUCAUCUCCUAACAAGGCCACAUGUCAAGGUCUGGGUAGAUUAGAUGGUAAGCGAACAAUCAGUUGUCGUAGUCAACGGUUGAAUGCAGGAGAAAUGGACAGGAGGAAAGACCUGAGUGACUUUGACAAGGGCCAAAUUGUUAUGGCCAGACGACUGGGUCAGAGCAAGGCUUGUGGGGUGCUCCUGGUCAGCAGUGGUGAGUACCUACCGACAGUGGUCUGAGGAGGGACAAACCACAAACCAGCGACAGGGUGUUGGGCACCCAAGGCUCAUCGAUGCGCCAGGGCAAUGAAGGCUAUCCCAUCUGGUCCAAACUGACAGAAGGUCUACUGUGGCACAAGUCACAGAACAUUUUUAUUAUGUUAAUGGGAGAAAUGUGUCACAACACACAGUGCUUCGCACCCUGCUGCGUAUGGGGCUGUGUAGCCAAAGGCCGGUCAGAGUGUCCACGAUGACCCCUGUCCACCGUCGAAAGUGCCUUCAAUGAGCACGCGAGCAUCGGAACUGGACCUGGGAGCAGUGGAAAAAGGUCGCCUGGUCCGAUGAGUCCCGUUUUCUUUUACGGUGAUUUGGCCGUGUAUGUGUGCACCAUUAUUUACCUGGGAAAUUGGUGGCACCAGAAUGCUCUGUGGGAAGCUGACAAACUGUUGGAGGGAGUGUGAUGCUCUGGGCAAUGUACUGCUGGGUAACCCUGGGUUUGGCAAUUCAUGUGGAUGUCAAUUUGACACAUGUCACCUACCUAAACAUCGUUGCAGACCAGGUACACCCCUUCAUGUCAGUGGUAUUCCUUGAUGGCAGUGGUCUCUUUCAGCAGGAUAAUGCGCCCUGCCACACUGCACACAUUGUUCAGGAAUGGUUUGAGGAACAUGAUAAACAGUUCAAAUUCCCCUGAUUUCAAUCCGAUUGAGCAUCUGUGGGAUGUGCUGGACCAACAAGUCCGAUCCACGGUGGCUUCACCUUGCAACUUACAGGACUUGAAGGAUCUGCUGCUAAUGUCUUGGUGCCCAAUACCACAGGACACUUUCAGGGGUCUUGUAGAGUCCAUGCCUUAGUGGGUCUGCGCUGUUUUGGUGGCACGUAGAGGACCAACAGAAUAUUAGGCAUGUGGUCAUAAUGUUUUGGCUCAUCAGUAUAUGGCAAGUGGUUGGAGGGGAUUAAAAAUAAGAUGGCUUGGUUACGUCAGCCAGAAAAGGAGAGACCAACAUGUUAUUUCUUUGGAAUAACAUGCAUUGAUGAAUCGUUAAAAAUAAGACCAGAAAUGUGUUUUAAAGGUGCACUUAGUCAUUUUUUCAUCAUUAAAAAAGUUUAACUCUCAAAGACAUGAAUUGUAAUUUUGCAAUAUAUGUAGGAAAUCAUGAUCCCUCACAUUAAAAUGAAGACUCCACUCAUAUCAGUAACAUUAUAAAAGCUGUUUUAUUCUACAUGGAGAGAGUCCGCACAUGGGGGCUGCCAGGUUAGAAUCACAUGACUAGUUGAAUACUACUCACUUAAUCUCAGUAACCGUCCUGUUAUUUGACACUUUCACUCACUAAUUAAAGUAAUCAUGGCUGACUGUGAAUACUUAAUUUCUACAAUGGCAUCUGAAACUAAAAACUAUUGAUUUUAAAUGAUGCAGCAUCUAAGCUGCUAGGUGUCAGUGUAAGUCCAAGAUGACACAAAGUCAAAAGUUACUGAGUGCACCUUUUAGAAAGUAGAUAGUCAUUUUGAUUUCAUGUUGACUUUAAGGAAGUUGUAGUCCACAGGUAUUCUUACACAUUGCUAACAGUCUUCUGGAUACUGUGAUGGUUUAUUUGCUACUUUACUUUUUAAAGUCUGCAUUAGACAGUGUUUCAAAGGUUCUUUUGUUUGAAAGCCCACCAUUAGUGCACAGAAUGUUUAUGAAAUUGAUAUUGUUAAUUGAAAUGUCUGAACCACAAGAAUUUUAGGCUUCCUCAAAUUAAUGCUGUUAUGCAUUUGUAAAGCUCCUUAUUGAUGUUAUCAAUCUAAGUUCUUUUAAGGUAACCCCAGAAUAAUAUUUUAGCAUUUUAAGAGAUCACCAUUCUCCCUCUGCAACGAGUGUACGAGUUUGGUUGUGCGUGUGUGUGUGUGUGUGUGUGUGUGUGUGUGUGUGGGCUGGUUUGGGUGGUUUACGAGGACAUUUUUUUAGGUUACAAACUGGUAAUUACAAGGGUAUUAUGAUAUACAUGUGUUUUAUGAGGACAUUUCUAGUGUCCCCAUAAUUCAAAUCGCUUAAAAAACAUACUAAACAAUGUUUCUUUGAAAAUGUAAAAAUGCAGAAAGUUUUUUGUGAGGGUUAGGUUUAGGAAUAGGGGAUAGAAUCUAUAGUUCGUACAGUAUAAAAAUCAUUAUGUCUAUAGAGAGUCCUCAUAAGGAUAGCCGCACCAACACGUGUGUGUGUGUGUGUGUGUGUGUGUGUGUGUGUGUGUGUAUGUGUGUGUAGCUGCAUCAAAGACACUUUAUGAAAAAAGGCUUUAUGAAUUUCAUGGCAUGGAAACUGUAUGUUUUUAACUUCUAUGUCUAAGUAUGUACACUGUUUAUACUGAAGAAACUUUGUGACUAUUGUGAAAUUAGUAAUCAAUAACUCUCUGUAUAAUGUCACAAAAUAUCUCAAAGGAUUGUAGUCUAUUGAACUAAAACGUUUAAAGAUUACCUGAUCCAUUUGUAAUCUGACAACAUCCACUUUCUGUGUGUAUGUGUGUGUAUGCAUGCAUCGACAAUGUGUGACGUACGUGUGUGUGCAUAUCAAUGUAAAGUGUAAGAAAUGUUCUUUUAAAUAUCUUACUUGUAAGUUGAUUGCUGUUGUAAAGCCUUGUGUAAUUAAUC